GUCUCUCGCGCUCCAGCUCGCAGCAUCCGCAGCAGUAAUGGCGGCGGAUCCGGUUACAGCUCCGAUCAGCUGGAUUGAUUCUGUGUGUCCGAUCAUCUUCUGACCGCUGGAACUACAUGCGUCCAAACACAAAUCGAGUCCACGCGCACGAACCUGAAGGCGGAUUAAAGCGCGUGCAUGACGAGGAUCUGAAGCGGUAGAAUCAUGGAUGUGUUCGAGUUUCUCAAUCUAAAUGAACUCGCUCUCGGGCUGUCAAAUCUGUCCAUGUUCCCAUACUUUGACAUGGCGCAUUAUAUCAUAUCAGUGAUGAGUCUGAGAGAGCAGCCAGGGGCGUUGGACGUGUCUCAGCGCAGUCCGUUUGCGUGCUGGUUCAGUUCGAUGCUGUAUUGUUUCGGUGGAGCCGUUCUCUCGGCGCUCAUGAUGGCAGACGCGCCGGUCGCUCCGCUGUCCAACACCACCAACCUGCUGCUCGCCUCGCUCAUGUGGUAUCUGGUGUUUUAUUGUCCUCUGGAUGCCGUCUACUCGCUGGCGUCCAUCUUGCCUGUGCGUCUGGUCUUGACGGGUAUGAAGGAAGUGACACGUACGUGGAAGGUUCUGGGCGGAGUCACACAAGCAGGCAGGAAGUACAAAGACGGUCUGUUUGUGAUGAUCGCAGUGGGCUGGGCCAAAGGAGCGGGUGGAGGCCUCAUCAGUAACUUUGAGCAGCUGGUUCGAGGCGUCUGGAAGCCUGAAACCAAUGAACUACUGAAGAUGUCAUACCCGACCAAAAUCACCCUGCUGGGAUCGGUUCUGUUCUCUCUCCAGCAGUGCCGCUUCCUCCCGAUACAAACACAUCACCUGAUCCUCAUCUACACGCUCUUCAUCGUCACCAAUAAGACACGGAUGAUGAUGAUGGGUUCGUCAUCGUAUCCGUUUUCGGCGCUGGAGUCUGUCCUCUACAAGACUCUGUUUGUUCGACCUCUGACCUUUUCACCCCUGAAUGACUCGACCCAGGGGUCAGAUCAGACCUGCCAUGCUUCCCCAAAAAACGGCUCGAUUUCCGCUCGGAAAACCCCUGGCACGGACCAAAAGAACCCGGAGGAGGCAGAAAACACCAAAAAGAAAGACUGAGUCCUGAUUGAGAUCGGAAGAGAGACGGUUUUCCUGUGUGUGUGUGAGAUUUUCUUGUAGCAAAAGAAACUUUUCUACACCAUUCCUGCUGAUGCUGUUUUAAAAUGCUCUUUUUAAUCUUGUGAUAUCUGAUAUGUACAUAUUUGCUAUUCUGAAGUGAUUCACAGAAAAUUCUAUUCUUUUCUAUCCUGCAAUGGUGAUGAUAAUAUAUUUUAUAUAAUUUAUAAUGCAUUUAUGAAUGCAAUCACUCAAAGUGGAAUGCUGAAACAUGUUUUACUGUACGUUUUGAAUGCAGAAAUAUAAUAUAAUUCACUCGCUCUGA